GGACAACGAUGUGCUAUGUUUGGCUCAAAUGAAAAGAAUACAAAUGAAAAGAAAACACUGUCUUAUAGGUCCCAAGCUGCUGCCUGCUGCUAUUAUAAAACUCAUAAAAAAGCAGCACUCACAGCAAUGAUGUUGAGGACUCAAGUCUAGAGAUUUCUCACAGGCCAGCCAGCCAGUCAAAGAGGAACACUCAACUACUGAAGCUCCUCAUAAUCACAUCAAAUCAAUGGAGUCUCUGCUUAUAAGCUCCUUUCCAAAAGCUUGUUCUUUCCCACUUUCUGCUGAUUCAUCAUCCUCACACUCUAUUGAUCUUCGAGUUCGGAGAUGCCAAGCAUGGAGCAAUAUAGAAAGUUCCUUUGCUCUGAAUUGUCGACAACCAUUGGUGAUGCAACAUGCUGGAGGCAUUAAAUAUAAUUUGUCACUCUACCGGAGAGGUGAUACAAAGUAUAUAGUGAAUGCAGCUUCUGAGCAGCCCCUUGAAUCUGAGCCUCUCUCUUACCAACCCAAGAGUCUCCAGGGAUCACUACAAGAUUCAUUAAAUGCUUUCUACAAGUUUUCUAGGCCUCACACAGUGAUAGGAACAGCAUUGAGCAUUAUUUCAGUUUCUCUCCUUGCAGUUGAGAAAUUAUCCGAUUUUACUCCAAUAUUUUUCACCGGGGUAUUAGAGGCAAUUGUUGCUGCUCUUUUCAUGAAUAUCUAUAUUGUUGGUCUUAAUCAGUUGUCCGAUAUAGAAAUAGACAAGGUUAAUAAGCCAUAUCUUCCAUUAGCAUCAGGGGAGUAUUCCGUUGCCACUGGAGUCAUCAUUGUUGCAUCUUUUGCUAUAAUGAGUUUUUGCCUUGGAUGGUCUGUUGGUUCACAGCCGUUACUGUUGGCCCUGUUCAUUAGUUUCCUACUUGGAACUGCAUAUUCAAUCAAUAUACCAUAUAUGAGAUGGAAGAGAUAUGCUUUAGUUGCCGCCAUGUGCAUCCUGGCUGUACGAGCCGUGAUCGUUCAAAUUGCAUUUUAUCUGCAUGUGCAGACUCAUAUUUAUGGCAGACCAGCUAUCUUCCCCAAGCCGGUGAUCUUUGCAACCGGAUUCAUGAGCUUUUUCUCUGUUGUCAUAGCACUAUUUAAGGACAUACCGGAUAUUGUCGGGGACCAGAUCUAUGGCAUUCGAUCAUUUACUGUCCGAUUGGGUCAAAAGCGGGUAUUUUGGACUUGUAUAACACUACUUCAAAUGGCUUAUGCGGCUGCAAUAAUCGUAGGGGCAUCCUCCUCCUCCCUUUGGAGCAAAUUAAUAACGGUGUUGGGCCACAUGACACUGUCAUUGAUACUUUGGAUCCGUGCCAAAUCAGUUGAUCUGGAAAGUAAAGCAGCAAUAACUACAUUUUACAUGUUUAUAUGGAAGCUAUUUUAUGCAGAGUACCUGCUGAUACCACUGGUGAGAUGAAUCUUUAGAAGUAGACAGCACUACAGUAGAAGAACCAGCCUCUUCCCUGCUGCUGCAUUUGAUUUCGUUAGUUGUAUGUUCUUGAAACUGUUUAUGAAUCUAAAAAUUCGAAAGAGCCAAGCUCAGUCUAGAUUAACUGCAAAGAUUCUGUUGUGACCAGGCACUUUCACAGUUCCAUUCUCCCGUUAAAUCCCCACUGAACCUUAUCAUUUGCCUUUGUCAUCUAAGAUGAAAAAAUGCAGGCCCCUGAUUGUACUUUUUUUUAA